AUGGAGGCGAUCGAGCGCCCGAGCGAGGCUCUGGAGCCGUGCGAAGAGCUGCACUACGCGCACGGACCGACGCCCGUGCGCGCGCUCGAGGAAUCGGGCGUGGCGGCGUCGGACGUGAAGAAGCUCGAGGAGAAUGGGAUUCACACCGUGGAGGGAUUGGCGCACGCGUCGAAGAAGCAGCUGUGCGCGAUCAAGGGGCUGUCGGAACAAAAGGUGGAGAAAUUGAAACAGAUAGCGAAUAACCUCGUUCCGGGCGGAUUCACGACGGCGACGAUGAUCGAAGCCGCUCGAAAGGAUGUGAUCAUGAUCACCACCGGCUGCGCAAAGGUUGACGAGAUGUUGCAGGGUGGGAUCGAGAGCGGGAGCGUCACCGAGAUCUAUGGCGAGUUCCGCACUGGAAAGACGCAGCUCAUGCACACGCUCGCGGUGACGUGCCAGCUUCCCAUUGAACAAGGCGGCGGCGAAGGGAAAUGCCUGUACAUUGACACCGAGGGCACGUUUCGUCCGCAGCGCCUGAUUCAGAUUGCCGAGCGCUUUCAAAUGGAUCCGGGCCCGGUGCUCGAUAACGUGGCGUACGCGAAAGCGCACAACACAGAACAUCAAACCGAACUCUUGGUCGCCGCCGCAGGGAUGAUGGCGGAGACUCGCUUUGCGCUGAUGAUAAUCGAUUCCGUGACAAACUUAUACCGCACCGAGUACGAAGGGCGUGGCGAGUUGAGCGCGCGUCAAAUGCAUCUCGGGAAGUUCUUACGCCAGCUCGCGCGUCUCGCGGACGAGUUCGGUGUCGCGGUCAUCGUGAGUAAUCAAGUCGUCGCCAACCCCGAGGGUGGUCCGUUUGCCGGCGCGAACGCACUCAAGCCCAUCGGCGGUAAUAUCAUGGCGCACGCGAGCACGACGCGUUUGGCCCUUCGCAAGGGACGUGGAGAGAACAGAGUGAUGAAAAUCGUGUGCUCCCCCAUGCUUCCUGAGUCAGAGGCGCAGUUUUCUAUCGGGGAAGACGGCAUAAACGACGCACAGGAUUGA